AUGACACGUGGGAGAUAUCAACAUCUUGCACCGCCUUCAAAAUCGGCUAAAGUAAAUCGUCUUCGCUUCUUUGGUCAUAUAUUAAGGAGACCGGCAGAUCGCUUUGUCCAACGAGUUCUAAAGAGUUCGUCGAGUUCGAGCUGGAAGAAGCCACCUGGCCGAAAACGGAAGUUCUGGAUUGAGAUGGUAAAAGAGGACCUGAGGACACUCGGCGUGGAUAGGCAGUUCAGGCGAGACGUAAGGUUUCGCAGAACAUGGAAUAGCGACGGAUGGAUUGAUUCUGUGCAAGCUCUCGCAGAAGAUCGAGAAGGUUGGGCAGAGCUGUGUUCAAGGACGGCACACCUCGGCGAAGAUGCGGGUAAUCGCGUCAGGCGAUGA